CCUCUGACUGUUGCGAGCAUUAUCUGUACAUACCCGUCCCAGAUGAGCUCCAACAAGGGGGUUGGAAAGCGUGGUCGAGGUAGCGGCCAGUGAGUGAGCAAGCUAGAGACUGCUAGACAGCUUGAGCUGCAACCAGGGAGAGGCGAUGAUGGCGGCGGCUGUAGAGAGAGGAGGGGUUCGGGCCGCCUUCUUGAAUCCAGGCACCGGAGGGGGUGUUGGUGGCCUUGCACCCUCGCCCGUGUUCGUUGCACCCGGAGCCAUGGCUGGAGCUGCUGGUUCGGCGGUUUCGGGACCCAUGCCUGUUCCUAUGAACCUUUUUGCUACGUGGGAAAUUGAUCGUUCUUCUCCAAGCUGCGUUCCGAGAUUGUGCAGCCUUACAUUGAAAAAGCUCAUUGUUUUGAAGGAACUGGACCGAGAGCUCAACUCGGUGGUCAUCGCUGUCAAGAUUCAGGGCUCCAAACGUAUACUGAGGUCCAACGAGUAUGUGCUCCCUCCCAGUGGCCUGAUGGAGACAGACCUGGAGCUCACUUUCUCCUUGCAGUAUCCACACUUCCUGAAGAGAGAUGCUAACCGUUUACAGAUUAUGCUUCAGAGAAGGAAGCGCUAUAAGAAUCGGACUAUACUAGGAUACAAAACCCUGGCUGUGGGUGUCAUCAACAUGGCAGAGGUGAUGCAGCACCCAACAGAUGGAGGCCAGAUUCUAGGUCUCCACAGCAACGUGAAGGAAGCCCCUGUUCGUGCAGCAGAACUGAGUGUGUAUUCUUUGUCUAGUCAGCCCAUUGACCCUGAGGAUGGAAGUGGUCAGACAGGAGCAAAAGCCAAAGCAUCAGAUCGAUCUCCAGAUAUGGAUAACUAUUCAGAAGAUGAUGACGACAGCUACUCAUCAGAGCAGGAAGCCAGUGACGAUGCUGUUCAGGCUCAGGACCUGUAUGAUGAGGAUGAUGAUGUUCAGCGAAAGCCGAAGAAAUCACGAAGGAAAAUGAUCCGGACCACUUCUAUGACAAGGCAACCCAAUUUCAAGCAGAAGUUUGUUGCCCUUCUGAAGAGGUUCAAAGUAUCAGACGAGGUUCUGGAUUCGGACCCAGUGGAUCAGACCCAAGAAGUGGAAGAGGAUCUGGACCUGCUGUAUGACAGUCUAGAGGUGUAUAAUCAGAGUGAUAGCGGCCCUGAGAUGGAAGACAACGAGAGUGUUCUCAGCACCCCAAAACCUAAGCUCAAGCCAUUCUUUGAGGGCAUGUCACACUCCAGCUCCCAAACUGAGAUUGGCAGUUUACACAGUCAGAAGAGUCAGCCUAGAGAGCAGUCUUCUGCUGCUGGAGACCUGCUGACAGUAGAAAAGGAAAGAGCUGCAGCUGGGCGGUACCAGGAUGAGGCUUUAGUUGUGGACUCUGUAGUGGGGGAGACAACAGAGGAGGACGCUGGAGCAGGAGGUGCCCCAUGUGAUGCAAAUAUGAGCUGGGACAUCAGCACAGAUAAACUGGCUGGCUCAGUGGGCAAACUCUGCAAGACUGAGUCUCAAACCCACAUGUCACCUAGUAAAACUGACAGCAAACUGCAGAGACGGCCCCGUAGCACCUCUAUGAAGGACAGACAGAACUCGAAAGCUCAGAGCGACCGAACCAGUAGCAUUGAUAGUGAAACCUCACCAGACUCCAGACUCUCAGUACAGGUUCCCAGAAAGUCAGUGUACGACCAGCUCAAUCAGAUUCUUAACUCAGAUGAGCAGCUACCUGAGAAUAUCAUCCUCAUCAACACUACCGACUGGCAGGGCCAGUAUCUGAAUGAGAUCCUACAUGAGCACAAUCAGCCCAUUGUCUCUACCAUCUCUGCUGCUGAUGUUCAAGCUGCCUUCAACACUAUCGUCACCAGGAUCCAGAGAUUCUGUAACUGUAACGCACAGACACCCCCCACAAUUAAGGUGGCAGUCGCAGGUGACCAGAGUUACCUCAGCACCGUGCUAAGGUGCUUUGUGGAACAGCUCGCUAACAAGACUCCUGAUUGGCUAAGCUACAUUCGCUUCCUGGUCAUCCCAGUUGGCUGUCACCCUGUGGCAAAGUAUAUCUCAUCUUUUGAUAACAAGUUCAGUAACAUCUUCCUGGAUGCUGGCUGGAGAGAUGUAUUUGGGAGACUAGAGGCCCCAACGUCAGACAAUAUUGAUGUGGCUGGCCGAGUGUCUCAGUACCUAGCUGGGGCGAAUGUGUCCCAUCAGUUCCCCAUCUCUGAAGCUAUGCUUACCUACAAACAGAAAAGCCCUGAUGAGGACUCCUGUCAGAAGUUUGUGCCGUUCAUUGGGUUGGUGAAAGUAGGCAUUGUUGAGCACAACCUGUCCACUUCAGUGGACUCUGAUGAUGCCAUGAUGAUGGGCAGUAUGAACAUGCUGUCUUCACCUCCAGCCCAGACGGGGGUGCCAUACGGGAAAGAUAUCACCUGCACCCCACCCUCUUCUCCUUCCGUCUCUGCCAGUCUCUCUGGAGCAGGCUCUCCAGGUUCGGGUGGAGAG